GGUCGACUCAAACCCGAAUAUGCGACCAAGGCACCUCGUCAAUGAGAUACGGUCAGUCUCGAGCGCUGUCACAACAGACCCAAAAGUGCAAACGACGAACACUCUUGGUCGGCUUGAACGCCGUUUUGAGUUGUUAGAAGGAAUCCCAGUCAGAGUGCAGCAAUCGUUCAACUCUGGAAGAGAGACGAACACGGUCGCGGAAAACUUCGCAGUAGAGCAUAGUUCCGGAAUAAGUGUUAGUUCCGCUGACAAUCUAGUCUCCGACUACUCAUUCGAAGGAGCACGUUCGCGGGCUUACAACGACGUUUUCUUGAAACCAGAGUCGAAGAACACAAGAGUCGUAAGACUUUUUGAUUUGAGGGGCACUCUCUCUAUGAUCAAGAGAACUCGCAGGAAUGUCGCCGAGGAACUGCUCAUCAUCAGCGGAGUUCCAGCGUGGUGGAAUGGAGACAGCCUGUCCAACUUCGACUCGACACGCAAAGCACGCGACGACUUCGCACUCGAAGGACUUCCAUCACAGUCAAUGGAACCUCCCCAAUGGGUAGAUGUCAGUAGGGAUGUGGCUGGAGGCAUGGUUGUUUCCAUGAGUGAUCGAGGGGUCACUACUGGACCUACCAAUGCCUUGUUCGAGGAAAACUUGAUCCCUCCUUUUCCGGAAGGGGAAUACCAGGAUGACAUUGGUCUACUGUUUGACCUUGUCCAGGCUUCAUCAUACAGUGGUGAAACAGGAAGCCAAGUUCUUCCUGAUUUACUUCCGUUGGAAUGUCCGAGAGUCGGAUAUCACGCAGCUGCAGACUUGACAUUUACAGUUCCCGGUGGCACCCACGGUUGUCACCAGCCACCUGAGCUCGAAGCACCGUUGUACCAUAUGCAGACAUUAGUAGCCGACUCCAGGUGCCUGCUGGAAAUCUUCGACUACCCCAAGAGCUUGUCACCGAAUCUUCUGAACAAUGAGGCGACGGUGGCGACCUCCCAUCCGAUAGGUGAACUUACUCCACUGCAAGUCGAAAGGGAUUGCUUCGGCCACAACCCGGAACCCACGGUCCCUGAUGGUGACGCAUGGAUGGAAUCUGACGACGAGGCUGACGGAAUGUCCUCUUGCGAAGGAGGUCGAGAGGUUCUGACCUCUGCCCCGACUGUCCCCACGAAGCGUAUGAAUAAUACGAAGAAUGUGCCAAAUUCUGCGACGGACAAUACUAUGACUCCAUCCGGUGAAUUUGCAUUCAGGAGUAACUCUACAUACGGCGCGAAACCCUCACCUGUUCCUCAAUUCGCCCUGUCAAGGGUCGACUCUGACGAUCAGCACUUCAACAUCAAGUUCACCGAUCCCGAAGGGGCUCGGUGGGACACUUCAAGCUCCCUCACUGUUGCGUUGUCACGGAUGGACAACACAACUGCACUUGCCAGCACAGGUCCAUGCUCGGAGUGCUACGAUCUAAAGGCCGAGAUCCACGUAUCCUCUGCAUAUUCACAGACGAAGACCGAAGCCAGCUCUCAAGUGGAAGAAGGAAAAGAAGCGCUCGCGCUCUCCCAAUCAGCAGGAAAGAGUGACUCAUCAGGUUCUGUCUUCAAAACGCAGAACAGUGAGGAAAGUGACUCGGUGCCUUACACGCAGCGAUGCCUCAGUGACGUGGAAGAUCAAGACCGCAGUUUUUACGAAGACGGGAACGCGGUGUCCGACGCGCUUCAUUCGACUCACGACAAGAGAGGCUUGCCAGAACCGGCCGGAGGUUUCGAGCCCGAAGACGAACGGCGAGGCCAGUGCUACGGUCUGGCUACUUCCACAAGCGCGGAAAUCGAACAACGACGGAACCAGAAUCGACUGUUGAGGCAAAACUGUGCUCUGCGCCCGAGCACGCCUCCAGUACGCGUUGAUCGUCCAACGGGCUCUGCGUCGAGCUGCAGCCCUUCGACAGAUGAAGAGAGCGUCUUCAUAUACGAUAGCGAAGACGACAGCGAAGACGACAAUAGUUCGCGCACUCUGCAUACAACCAGCGAGUCGGAGUCGUUUGAGUCCGAAGACGACCUGCUGCCCUGCUAUUACAGUUACCCCGAUGGCUCGUCGUCUUCGGGCGUUUCGUGGGCUUCGAGUCCGUUUGACGGAUUGACCGAGUACAGUCGCCGUCAAAUGGCACACGCUGAAGACGCGGAGUCGAAUAACGGACUGUUCACUCCCAUCGACUCAGCAGCGUCGUCAUUGUGCAGAAAGAGGAAAGGGAAUUUUCCGCCAGGAGAACGUUCGGAAUCGCCAACAGAGGACCCCUUGGCGGAAAUCAAGAAGCCUCGCGUUUUCCAGCUGGAAAGUGCGGGACGUCCCAGUCUGCGCACGGAAGGGGAGUCAGACGACGUUUGGAUCGCAAGACACGCUACAGCGGAAGCUGAAGACACCAGUAGUGCAGUAACGUCCGUGGACAACGGUACUUUUCACAGAGCAGUACUGUCACUGCACAGCUAUUGUAAGCGUAGCUCAAACAGCUCAAGUAGCCUCCCUCGCGAAGAAGGCCAAGACGAGCGAUCCCCUAGAUGCUCGAGUGAUGAUGGCGAUGCGAUGGAAAGACCACCAGUGGAGCCUGAAACGGACGUCGGCUGCUUUGAGUCGGGGACCUGUGAAGGGUCGACCUGCCCUGGCACUCCUAGCGAGGCAGUGGCAAAACUAGUGGACUAUCCUCAACUGACUCCACCUGAAGAGGGUAGCGGCGAUAACACUCCACCUGGGCAAUACCCACACGAGGAAUCGCAAGGGCGUCCUCUCGCGGACGAACGGGAGAACAAUGAAACGCCCCGUAAGCGCAGUGAAGCCGGGGCAGGGGCCUACAUGAAGGUCAUGGAAGUAUAUUUCGACGAGAACUCCAGACGCUUCCUGGUCGUCCCGACGUCUCAGGAAUGUCUCAUGUCCGAGAACAGCGAGAACAUCCCGCCUGAAGAAGAUUCCAAAACCAAGUCGGCACCAGCGGGAAGUAGCAGUUGUGAACCGCAAGCCGAACUGUGCAAGAUUCAAGCCUUGAACGAGGAAGAGGCGUCUUGCAAAAGCGUCGCUUCGGGCGUCGCGUGCACGUCCGAUGAAAAAAGGAAGAAUCCGGGGGAGGCCAAGUGUGAAGGUCCAAGAAAGAAGAUCCGCAGAAUCGGACUCCCCAAGGGCUACAAGGGUCGAGCUUUGCAUCCCAACUGGAAAUCAAAUGUCGACGAGUGAUGCGACCAAGUUGUCAUUUCCAGUUAUUUUACAACAUCAAUUUCAUUGUUCACUUUGUUCCGUCCACAAGUGGUUCCUUUUGCAAUGUAUUCCGUUAAAUAAACACUGUUUUCUGUGUUCCGACAUGAGGUACA